AUGGCCGAACUUAACAAAAAAUCAUCGAUAAAAUAUGACAGUGAUAAGAUCGAUCAAAAAGUUAGCAAGAAUCAAAAUAGUAUGAAAAUUGAGCAAAUGAAUUUCGAUAUAAGUGAAACGAAUGAUUUGCAAAUCGUUCGUUGCCACUGGAUUCAGUUAUAUAAAUUGAACUUACAGCAUAGCUUAAUCGAAGAAACUCUUACAUAUAUUUUCGAAAAUUAUGCGAAUAUUAGAAACAUCUUUCAUUUUGGACGUCGCAUCAAUUUAAAGCAGGAAAACUGGAGGAAAAUUUUAAAGAACGAUGCUCAUUUCCACUAUCACUGCACAAAUAUACAAUGUGCUAUAACAACGAUUAUGGAUAAACUAGAAGAUGAAAUCAGUUUACGAAAUUUCUUAAUAAAACUCGGAAAUCGUCAUUUUUUCUACAAUGUCUACGAAAUACAUCUUACGAUCUUCCAAGAAGCUAUUAUCACAACGUUACGCCAAUUAUUACUAAAAAUCGAUUUAAACGACAAAAAUUUGGAAAAAUCAUGGAGAAUAUUCAUGAACGAAAUUAAAGAAAAAAUUAGUGCUGGAAUAGCAAAGCAACGAACAUAUUACUUAGAAAACUGUUUGAAUGUUAAGGAAUUACAACUCAUUUCUGACUUAUGGAAUCACAUCAACCAUAAUAAUCAUUCCGAACUUGCCAAAAUACUUUACGAACAACUAAAUGAGAACGAAGCAAUUUCAAAGACAAAUAUGCAACAGGAUGGAGUUUACGAUGAAUUUUGUACGUUUCUAAUUAAGGUGGCUUUUUACUUUGAUGAAUGA